CUAUCCACGACAAAGCAAACCAAGAUGGCGGCUGUUGUUGAGAAUGUUGUUAAACUGCUGGGAGAGCAGUACUACAGAGAUGCCAUGGAGCAGUGCCAUAACUACAACGCCCGGCUAUGUGCCGAGAGGAGUGUUCGAAUGCCCUUCCUGGACUCUCAGACUGGAGUGGCGCAGAGCAACUGUUACAUUUGGAUGGAGAAGAGACACAGGGGACCAGGCGUGGCUCCAGGACAGUUGUACACCUACCCAUCCCGCAGGUGGAGGAAGAAACGACGAGCCCACCCCCCAGAGGAUCCCCAGCUCGUCUUCCCUCCUCUAAAGUCAGAGCUGGACUUGGGGUUAAAGAAGGAUUCCCUGUCCUCUGAUGGCAGCAGUCUGGAGGCCCUGCUGAAGGGAGAACCCCUGGACAAACGGGUUCCUCCGGAGCUCCGAGGGCCUGAGGAGGAGUCCAGUCUGACAGACUACACUGGUGGGGCGGUCACCCCUGCAGCACGUGUCAGAAAGAGAGUCCUGGAGCCAGAUGACUUCCUGGAUGACUUGGAGGAUGAGGACUAUGAGGAGGACACCCCAAAAAGAAGAGGCAAAGGAAAGGGAAAGGGUCGUGGAGUAAGCAGUGCCAAGAAGAAGCUGGACGCUGCGGCGGCUGCGCUGGAGGACAAGGACAAGCCCUACUCCUGUGACAACACUUUCAAACAAAAGCAUAUUUCAAAACCUUCUGAAAGAGUCUGUGGGAAGCGUUACAAGAACCGUCCGGGCCUGAGUUACCACUACACCCACUCCCACCUGGCUGAGGAGGAGGGAGAGGACAAGGAGGUGCCUGAGGUCCACACCCCCACUCCGCCCCAGCCUGAGGAGCCUAAGACACCCAAGAAAGGUCCAGAUGGUUUGGCGAUACCCAAUAACUACUGUGACUUCUGCCUGGGAGACUCUGCCCUCAACCAGAAGACGGGCCAGUCAGAGGAGCUGCAGUCCUGCUCAGACUGUGGACGUUCAGGCCACCCGUCCUGCCUGCAGUUCACCCCCGUGAUGAUGGCUGCAGUGAAGACCUACCGCUGGCAGUGCAUCGAGUGCAAGUGCUGCAACAUCUGUGGCACCUCAGAGAACGACGACCAGCUUCUGUUCUGUGAUGACUGUGAUAGAGGCUAUCACAUGUACUGUCUCAGCCCCCCUAUGGCUGAACCUCCAGAAGGGAGCUGGAGCUGCCAUCUGUGUCUGGACCUAUUGAAAGACAAGGCGUCAAUAUACCAGACCCGUAAUGUCCCUCCGUCGUGAUGGACCCCCAUCCUCACAUACAACCCUCCCUCCACAGUGAGGUUCUCUCUCUGGUCAGUAGAGCGGAGGGGGUGGGACAGAUGACUUGUGAAAAGGGAAGCGUACCUUACCAGCCCCCCCCCCCCCCCCCCCCCC